AUGUCUUCAACUUUUAUGCGUCAGACCAGCAAGAGGCGGAGUUUCCAUCCUCAGGCAGCCAGAACCCGGUGCAAUGUAGCGUGUGAGUCAACUGGCGACAGCCCUCCGGUUCUUGUGCACUGCGGAAUCCCAUCAUCAGAGGCCAUAAGGAAACGAGACUGGCUCGUGUGGCAAGACGGGCUUCAAUCCCAAGACCGGGAGGUGGAGAGUGUGGCCCACCGUGCAGUGGCGGCCGUGCCCUCAGAACGCUCCCCAUUCAAAGAAAUACUGGCUGGACCAUGCGCCAAGCGCUGCUAUCCCGCCCAGAGCUCAGGGUCGCUAAACCCGCCUCCGAGGUCGGGCCAGGCCCGCAGACCGGAUUUCAGACGCUCUGCUAGAGCCUGGCCCAAGGAAGAGCCGAGCGCCUUCCAGAGACAAGGGACUGUCGGUCCACGCCGCCCUUUUGCGCCAGGGACUAGAGUGGCUUUGAGCCGCGGACCCGCUCGGGGACAGAAGCGGCAGGGCGCCUGGAGGGCAGAGCGAAGCCCCGCGCUCCCGACACCCCGGCAAGGCAAGGCCGGCGACCCACCGCAGCGUCCCCGCUCCACUUGCACACAUCAGAAAGCAGCCUGGACCACUGGGGCGGGGGCCGAGCUCCCGGGGCGGGGCCUCGCGGCACCCAAACAAGCCCCACGUGGCAGGGGCGGGGCCGCCGCGGGGACGUCACGGCGCGCGCGUGCGCGUGUGCCGGCACGCGCGGGCGUACCCUUGCCGGGGGCCGUAAAGCGCGGAAGGUCGCGGUCUCCCGCUUCCCCGGAACUUUUUACUCCCUCCGCCCCGCCCCCUUCCCAUUCCCAGUGCCCCGUUUCUGGCGGCGGGACCCCCGGCAACUGUUGUGGCUGCUGUCCCGCUGCCGCCGGGGUGCUGCUGACGGCGGAGCCCGCGGCGGCUCGUGAGUUUGAAUUGGGGAGAAUCUCCUCUUUGGCCGAGUGGGAGCACAUCUCCGAGCUGCUGACUGGCAGACGUGAUGUUUUCCCGGUUGCUGUCGGUGGCCCGGAGACAAAGGACCGGCCGAGGAUGGCAGAACUGGUCGUCGGGGAGAAGCGGUGCGCCAGCUGCCGAGGCGCAUUCUGUCGCCCUGCCUGCCCAGGCACACGUGGUCAUCUGUGGCGGUGGAAUCAUGGGCACAUCCGUGGCCUAUCACCUCUCCAAGAUGGGCUGGAAGGAUAUUGUCCUUUUGGAGCAGGGCAGGCUGGCCGCUGGCUCUACGAGGUUCUGUGCCGGCAUCCUGAGCACCGCCAGGCACUUGACCAUCGAGCAGAAGAUGGCAGACUAUUCCAACAAACUCUACCAGCAGUUAGAGCAAGAAACAGGGAUCCAAACAGAGCCCCUGCUGAGUUCCCUCCUGCGUCGGAUGCCAGAACUGGAGACUCUGGAGAUCGUGAAGUUGGUCACCUGCCUCGAGACCUGCACCCCAGACAUGAGGUGCAUCAUGGGCGAGUCUCCUGCAGUGCAGGGCUACUAUGUCCUAGUGGGAGUGAACUCUGCUGGCCUGUCGUUUGGAGGAGGGGCUUGAAGGUUGUCAGAGGAUGGUGAAGACUCAGAUGCCAGCACGUGCGUUCAUCAGGCAGAGGAUAAGAAGAGCCAGAAAUCAAGGUGGUGGGUUCUCGCUUCAGUGAAGCAAAACCGCUUUUAGAAAACUGUCAUUCCUGCCACUUCCAUGGUGGGGAGGCGGGGUUAACGUUUCAAAUGCAUUCAGAGGCAGGGUAAGGGAGAAAGGUGGAGUUACUUUCCACUUUUAGAACGGAAAGAGGUAAAACUGUUGGUGUGUUUAAGAAGGUAGAAUCCAGGGACAGCAUGUCUCCUGGUGAGAGUCCAAGUAGCAGGACUCUCCUCCUGCAGAAACGGGAUAACUAAGGUUACUCACUGAGCUUAACGGUCUCUGGGCCCCUGUUCUGAACAGCAUCUCUUGUAUUUGGGGGUACAGGGCCCCCCAGCCGGGCACAGGACAUCAGGUAGGCUAUCCAAGCAGGUAGAUCUUGUCCCUUUUUGCUCUGUGUUCGUCUGAGGCUGGCACGCUUUCUGUUUCCAGAUAAAACAAGAUUGUCCAGUUGAAUAUGUGGACAAGACAGAAGAACACAGAGCCCCUCCCUCAAGAGACCAUAAGAAGUGAUGAAGGAUCAUUUCACAGAGAAAAAAGUACCAGCCAUCUGAAACCCAAGUCCCGCCACGCAUUCACAAAGCAUCCAGAUCCUUUGAAUCUCUAGGGACAGAGGAGCAGACACACAAGGCAAACCCAUGAUGGGAACGACAGAUUGCAGGAUGUUCUGUCAGGUAUGCUGAAGUCAGGAACGAGUCACCCACUUCAGGGUUAGGACCAAAGAGAGACAAGUGCCAGAUUCACAUUGUUAACCAAGAAAGAUUUCCAGGGUGAAUUUUAAAGUGCCAAAAGCUGAGUGUGUGUGUCAGGGCACUCAAUAAAUACAUCUUGCCCGAGUCUUAAAA